CAGAAAACGCCACAGAAAGUGAAAUAUGUUGCUUUUAUUGUUAAAUACUCAAACCGCAGGUCUAAAUGUGUCAAUGGACGUUUGGUGGCAGAGUUCAUGGAAAGCAGGAAAUGAAAGCAGUGUGUGUUCAUGAGCUGACUUCUCUGUGGCGACGGCUCCUGUUGAGCCAAUGAGACUUUGAUUGAGGCAAGAAACGGUUAAUGAGUAACGCAGGAGAAGGUGCAACCUUCAGCUCUGACUGUGUGACUUCAUACAGUCACAAGAGGAUCUCUGCGUUUGUUUAUUACCACCAACAGGACUGGAUAGGAGCUCUUUUUGGAGGAUUUUGGGGGUUUUAUAUGAGGAUAUUUUUUGCUUGUGACUGAAAAACAGAGCUGCUAUGGCUGACACAAGCUCGCAGUCACCGGCCUCUGCCUCGUCGGCCAAACUGGACGCGGUGCAGGGUCAGGUGAACGAGGUCAAAGUUAUUCUCAAAGACAACAUCAGCAAAGUGCUGGAGAGGGGCGACCGACUAGAUGACCUCAUCGGCAAAACUGACGACCUGCAGGCGUCCGCUGACUCGUUCCAGAGGACGUCUACACGCGUUGCCAGGAAAUACUGGUGGAAAAACAUUAAAAUGAUGAUAAUAAUCGGUGUGAUUGUGGUGAUCAUCAUCGUCCUCAUCAUCCUCUUCGCCACGGGUGUUAUAUAAAAUCUAUCCGCGCUCUUUUCACCAGCUCAGGACUGAACGCAACGGCGACGGCGGACAAAGCUCACCCACAUUUUAUCGGGCUUUUUAAUUGUUCUCAUGAGGGUCUCUUAUCAUUUCAGCUCAAACAUUUCAAGAAAUAUUUAUGUAAAUUUAAAAGGUACAUUACUUUGUAAAAUAAAUUAAUCUUAUCGAUUAGUUUUCAAAGCUGCAAAUUGUUAGAAACUUGGCUGAAAAACUUCCUUGAACACUCCAACAGUCUUUACAUGUAAUAAUAUUUCACAAAGGAUCACAAAUCCAAAUUAACUUUUCAUUAUUUUUAUUUUUUGUCCAAUUACCUGUAUAUACUGUAUGUUCAUGACUGUCAGACUCUGUAAUAACAUAUGUAUUAUAUGACUGAUGACUAAGAUAAAGAGGAUAACAUUGUAUGCAUUCUUCGCUACCACAAAA